ACUGAGAUGUAUUCUGACCUUGAUAUACCUGGAAAAGAAGUCCAGCCGCCGCGUUCUGUUGUGUAAUCAACCAUCGAGCUCGAAUAACUCUAUAUUCUGUGCACCGCGAGCCAGAGCAACAGUCCCAGAUGUCGAAAACCAAGGAUUCCUUCAAAAGUGACGAGUCUUGGGAGCGAUGGAACACACACCAAACCACCAUGGUGGAGCAAGAGGUGUUUGGGUCCGUGCUGCGAUUUGUGCAGGACCCCUCCUCCGAACAUCUGGGCACCACGGUUUGGGAUGCUAGCGUCGUGCUGGCCAAGUGGUUUGAGAAGAACAUCCGCAAGGGCGACUUUGCUCGGUCCAAGGUCCGCGGCAAGCGAGCAUUGGAGCUGGGUGCCGGCAUGGGCCUGGCGGGCAUGGCGUUCGCGAUGGUGGGCGCCAACGUGGUGCUGACGGACACUGCGGACGUGCUGCCGCUGCUGCGGAUCAACUACGAGACCAACCUGUCGCCGGCGGCGGUGCGGCUGGCGCGCGGCCACCAGCACGGCACCUGGGCGGACAGCGCGGGCACAGUGGAGGUCCAGGAGCUGGACUGGACCAAGCCCGAGCAGGUCGCCCCGCUGCACCCGCCGUACGACUACAUCCUGGCCGCCGACUGCAUCUACCACGAGGGCCUGACCGAGGACUUCCACCGCACAGUCAUGCAGGUCACCAACGAGAAGUCCACGGUGGUGGUGUGCAACGAGCUGCGCUCCCACAGCGUGCAGGGCCGCUUCAUGUCGCUAUUCACAGCCACACACUCCAUCAAGACAGUGCCGCACGCCAAGAUGGAUGAGAAGUACCAGCACCCCAACAUCUUCAUCUACAUCAUGAAGAAAAAGAAGAAGGGCACAAAGGCGGGUGCGGGUGAGACGGAGGAGCACGAGGAGGAGCACGAGGAGGCGGCAGGGGACGUGGGUGCGGGGCUGGGCGCCACCGCGCCGGCGGCACCAGUGGGCGCGGCCCCGGCGGAGCCGUCAGCAGCGGUCUCGGCAGGCGCGGCGGAGGGGGCAGGAGCUGGGCCGGCGUCGUCGGCUGCGGCACCGGAGGCUGCAUCGGAGGCAGCGCCGGAGGCGGCUCCUGAGGCUGCGAGUUCAGGGGCGAGUGGGGCAGGUGGAGCGGACGGCGGGGCAGGGGCGGCUGCAGCGGGUACGGCAGAGUGCAAUGGGGCUGGCAAGGCGACUGCUAGGGCCGUUGGCGGAGACGAUGAUGCGCUAGCAGCGGGGUCGCAAACAGGUUCCGUGGCGGGGGCCGCGAGUAAAUAGCGGGCGUCGAGUGGUGUGGCUUGAGCAUGCGAGGCCAAUCACAUGGAACGCGAGCGUGUGAAGGUGUGGACCUGGCCGUCGGAAGGGGUUGGCGGGGCGUGGCGGGGUCACUGAGUGGUGAAGCCGUGAAGGUCUGGGCUGAGGGGGGGGGUCAGCACGUCGUGGAGGGUGGAAACGCCCACUGGGACCGGCAAGAGGAGUUGCGCAGGGUUUGCAUGUGACG